AGGGACAUUGCAUCUACAAUAACAUGCACACUGAUUCCUAAAUGCAGGGCAGAACAAAUACACAUUAGCGGGGGCUGGUGUACAAAUAUUGACCAGGAUGUGCCUAUGCAGCAGCUGUAUUGCUGCUUGGAUCUGAGCCUCUUCUGUUACGAUAUGGGUGGAAACCAGCUGCUGCAUCUAACCAAAGCCCACAAGAGCAACAUCCUCUCCUGUAUCUACUGCCCCUACAUCAAAGUUCUGAUUACAUCAUCUAUAGACUUAAAAAUAAAGGCUUGGAGUAGGCAAGGAUUUUUGAUCCAUGUGUUUCUUGGUCACCCUGUGACAAGUCUCCUGCGACACCCAGAAACAGAAUCAUUUUUCCUCUCUGGGUCUUUGGAUGGGACAGUCAGAUUUUGGUCUUUGGAUACCAUGGAGCAGCUUUAUUGCCUGGCUGUGUUUGAGGAGGGUAUUCAGGAGUUGGGACUGACUGAGGAUAAGCUCCUGUACUGCUGGUCCACCAGGAGGAUUCACCUGUAUAACCUGAACCAUUUUGUCGAGUUCUGGAGCCCACUGCACUACCAGGUGUCUUCACUCAGUCUCUGUAGGGCAAAGAGCAAGACCACCAGAGUGCUGGCAUUAGGAGAUGCAAAUAGCAUCCAGAUCCUAUCCAGGUUGGACGGUACUAAGCUGUGCAUUGUGCCACCACCCCCCUUUGUCUCUCCAAUUCAAAAAGCACCCAACUUUGUGUACAGCAGAGAAAGCGGGAUAAUCGUUGUGCUUCUCAGCUCAUGGGAGGGGUGGGUCUAUACUGCCAGAACUGAUCCGGCCUGCAGAGUAGCAUUCUGGGAUAUACGAGACUUACAACACCAAGCGGAAGUUUAUGAAAGAAAACAUGCAAAGCUGGUUGAAAGAAAGAAGUCAAUACUUCACUGCACUGUGAAUGUGAGUUAUGGAAAGUCACUGAUGUGGGAGUGUUCCGCUGUAGGCUGCCUCUCUUCUCCAGUGUGCUAUUUGUCUGAUGAAGGCAUUGUGUGCCCAGACACACAGGAAUUCAUUCUGUGUGGAAUGCAGGUAAAAAAACAAAAUGACAACAAUGUGUAA